AGCAGCAGCAACAACAACAACAACAACAGCAGCAGCAGCAGCAGCAGCAACAACAACAACAACGCAAGUGGUCCCGAGCACAACACAGGCAAUAACCGCUGCUACAAUAACAGCUACAACAACUGCAACACAGGCAGCAGCAACAAUGACGACCAUGACCACCACCACAGCAACACCAACAACGCCUGUUUCGUCUUCCAGCAGUACCACGACGCUGGCUCCUGCUGGUCAGCCUGGCUCAUCCUCCGCAGCGUCCGUGCCCCUGAUUGCCGGCGCUGCUGGUGGCGGCCUCCUCGUCAUCAUCGUCGCGUGUAUCCUCAUCAUCGCUGCACUGCGCAGGCGCCGGUCACACUCCAAGACAGCGUCAACGCUGCACCUCCACGCCCGACAGCCGGUCCAGCAGGACCAGAGCAGCAUGUAUAUGAACCCAGCGUACGAGAAUGCCAACGCAGACGUACUCAACAAGUACGACACAACGCGCGCCCCGCUCUCAGGGACAACGCAGCCGCCACUGUCAUCAUCCUCCGGUGCACCUGCUGGUGCCGCACACGAUGACGCCACGUACACCAUCCCGCACUACGCUGCACUCUAUGCACAGGGCCACAACAACCAGGGGCGCAGCCACGGCAGGAACCACCACGACAGCAACCACAGCAGGAACAGCGGUGGUGAUGGUCAGCACUACAGCAUGCCUGGAGCGGCAGACCACCGCGUGUACAUGCAGCCGGUAACAUCGCUGCCGUCAUCACUGCACGGUGGCGAUGGGUAUCUCGUGCCAGCUACUCAACAUCGCAGAAUUGGUGGUGGUGGUGGUGAUGCAAACCACGUGCGGGACUACAUGGAGCCUGUUGUGUCUGGCGUGGUGCCUGCUGACUACAGCGAGCUCGAUGGCACGCACGUCCAAUAUGUGCCGUCGUACGCCGUUGCGGGCGAUAUGGAGAGCGGCUACAUCGAACAGCAGGGAAACGCGGGCGUAUACAGUGUGGCAACGGCCGCGGUGAUGGGGGACGCUGGUGACACUGGCGCUGCAUAUGAGGUAGUGGGGCGCAGACAACAACACCGAGGCCAUCACCAAGGUCGCACGCGCGCGUAUGAUGAUGAUGGCGCCGUGUCCACAGCAGCGAUUGCCACCGCUGAUGACCCAGAUUAUGUGGACGGGGCGACGUUACAGGAGGACCUGCCUGUGGAGAUGUACAGGGAUGUGGAGCCGAGGAGGAGACGAGUGCCAUCACUCUCACUUUCACGUUCCCGCGGUGGUGAUGGUGAUGAUGAUGGUGGUGAUGUGGCCGUGUGACCGCAAAGGUUUGAGACAAUGAUACAUAGCUGAAGCGUUCAUUAUGCGUGAGGAGUAAAAGAAGGUGUGUGUGUAUGCAUAGGUAUCGUGCGUUGACUUUGUUGUUUAUGUUGAAGAAUGAUUGAACAACCCCCAAUGACAGCAGAGUAGAAGAACAAG